UAUUGUGUUUGUUCUUGAUUGGCUAGGUGAAUUGAGCAAAGGAAGUCAAGCAAGGGAGAAUUGAAAAGCAAUGAGCUAAGCUAAGUAUAAAAAAAGGAUAAAUUGCAAGCUAAGAAAAAAUUGAAAAAAAAAAUGAAUUAAAGUUGCUUAAGGACCCUUUGUGAGAUCUUCUUAACUCAAUCACUAGUUAAAUCUUUGGCCCGCGUGGAGGCAAUUUAAUUUUCUUUGCAUAUUGUUCAAGCAUGGGAGUAUGGGAUCAUCGUAUGUGGAGAUUUAUUGAUUGAUUUGUUGUGGGGGCGAAGUGCUUGCUUUGUUGAUUUUGUUGUUGUGUGGUCUUAAUCAACCCUUCGUCAUUCUAGUGGAAAAUCUAAAGGGUCAUCUUUGUUAUUUAGACCCGAAUUUCAUAGAACAUCCGCCUUUCAACCAAUUUCCUCUCAGAGUUCAAGCUCCAAUUCCUCCAAUGAUCCUUUGUGAUCAUUACAACCUUCAUGAAUAUCAUUCACUAACUUGCAUCUUGCUUCCUAAUUUUGGGGCCAAUCAUUAUGAAAUUAAGCCCGAGACUAUUCAAAUGUGUCCACUUUUCUAUGGCUUAAAUGAUGAGGAAUCUUACAAACAUCUUGAUGAAUUUCUUGAGAUAUGUUCCACCGUGAAAUAUAUGAAUAUCUCGGAGGAAAUUUUUAGGUUACUUCUCUUCCCAUUUACUCUUAAAAAUAAGGCAAAACAUUGGUUCAACAAUUUGGAGCCAAAUUCAUUAACUUAUUGGAUACAAAUGCAAAAUAAAUUUUUGAAAAAAUUUUACCCCGUAAGUUUGACCAAUUCAAUGAGAACCGCCAUUAGAGAAUUUUCUUAUAGGGAAGGAGAACUUUUACAUGAGGCUUGAGAAAGAUUGAACGACUUGCUAAGGAAAUGCCCACACCAUGGCAUUCCUAAAUGGCAAGUGGUUCAAUAUUUCUAUGAAGGUCUAUCCGACACUCAUAAGGACAUUGUUGAUACAUCAUGUGGAGGUUCAUAUUUUGGAAAACAUGAGGAUGAUGUUUGGCACCUUUUUGAGAAAAUGAGUGAAAAUUCAUUGCAUAAGUCUCACACUUCUCGGGUGAGUCAUGAUCAUAUUAACAAAAAGAGAAAUUUAAAAGUAUGUUAAAUUGAGAGUCCAAUGGAGAUUGUUGCCAAGGUUAAAACUCUUAUUCAAAAACUUAAUCAAUUUUUAUUGAGUAAAAAACCGAUAACUAAAUCAUCUCCUCUUAUUAAUCAUCAUCUUCAUCAUUCUUGUGAGCCAUGCAUGACUUCUUCAAGUGUAUUGCACACUACUUCCAAUUGUUUCCAUGGACAUGUGCUUGAUGAACGCUAUGAACAAGUCAAUGCCGCAUUUGCUCACCCUCUUCCAAAUGCUUAUGUUCCGGUGUGGAGUGAUCAUUCAAAUCCUUUCUAAGCUAAAAAUUUUCAAAAUCGAUAUAUUCCUCCUCAUCAAAGAAAUAAAGGUUCAAAAGGAUUUGUUUCAUCUUCUUCUUAUCAUCAAAGAAUGAAUCAUUUCACUCAUCCUCAAGCUUAUAAUUCUCAAAGUAGCUCUAAUAAUCCUCAUGAACUUUCUAGCAACUCCACAUUUGAAGAUAAGGUCUUAGUGGCUUUGAGUAGUUUGGAAAUGAACACGAAUUUGUUACAUUCUCAUUCUCAAUCGAUAUCAAAGCUUGAGUCUCAAAUCAGGAUGUUAGCUAAUGCAUUGAAUGCGAAAGAAAUUGGUAAAUUGCCUAGCCAACCCGAAAGGAACCCAAAAGCCUAAUAUCUUGUGGAAGCAAACUCUACAUCAGGGUGCCCCUCCCAAGAGCAAAUGCAAGCAAUUACCACUUUGAGAAAUGGUAGGUAAGUUGACAAUAGGGUUGAACAACCAGUUGAAGGUAGUGAACCGGUGCAAUUAAAAGUUAACACCCGUCCCGUUUCCAAUCCUACACCUCCUUUCUUAGAUGAAAGUGUCAUCAUCAAGAAUUCUUAGCCCUCUUCAUCUUUCCCCUAAGUUGCAAGGUCUUAUGAGCCAAAAGUUCCAUUUCCUUAUACUUUGAAAGAAACUUUGCCUUUCGGAAGGCAAGAAAGAAAAAUCCAUGACAUGAUGGAGGUCUUUAAACAAGUUAACAUAAAUCUCCCUCUUUUAGAUGCAAUUAGACAAAUUCCGCUUUAUACAAAAUUUUUAAAAGAUCUUUGCACACAAAAGAGGAAGAGCAAGGGACAAGGCCCUAAAAAAGUGUUGUUAACGGAGCAAGUGAGCUCCAUCAUUCAACAUAACACUCCACCUAAGUUCAAAGAUCCCGGUGCUCCGACUAUCUCAUGUGUAAUUGGAAACCAUGAAGUUCGUAGAGCUUUUCUUAUCUUAGGGGCGAGUGUUAAUUUGAUUCCUUACUCCGUGUAUGUCCAACUAGGUUUGAAUGAGUUGAAGCCAACCUCGGUGAUGCUUCAAUUAGCCGAUAGAUCCAUUAAAACUCCUAAGGGCAUGGUUAAGGACAUUCUCAUCAAGGUUGACAAGUUCUAUUUCCUGGUUGAUUUUGUGGUUCUUGAUACCGAACCGGUUACUAAUCCUACCAAUCACAUCCUAAUCAUAUUGGGAAGGCCAUUUCUUGCCACCGUAAAUGCAACUAUCAAUCGUAGAUCCAGGGUUAUGGACCUUUCUUUUGGUAACAUGAUGGUUAAGCUUAAUGUAAGUCAACAUCCCAUAGAUGAAGAUGAGUGUUGUCUCAUAGAUAUCUUGGAUGAGAUUGUAGAGGAGUUCAUUCCUUCCAUGGUUAUAAAAAUACCAAUUGAGGACAAUCUUUCAUCUCUUCUAUCUGAGGAUCCUCUUGCAUCUUGUCUCCUUGAAAUGUAUGAAAAUUGCGGGUUUGAUAAUGAAGGAUCAAUCAGCGAGGUUAAUGACUUAAUGGAAUCCGUAGCAAGUUUGAAUUUCCCCCCUUGGAAAGCACCAAAAAAACCUCUUCCUCCACUUUCUAGCAUUUCACUGGUCCUAUCUUUAGUCUCUCCACCCACUAUUGAGCUUAAAAAUUUCCCUCCCGAUCUUAAGUAUGCCUUUCUAGGCCCAAAAGAGACUCUUCCGGUCAUCAUCUCUUCAAAUCUUGAAAAAGAUCAAGAGAAUGCUCUUUUGAAUGUACUUAAAGAAAAUAAGGAAGCUAUUGGAUGGAGUGUAGCGGAUCUAAAGGGAAUUAACCCAUCCAUUUGCAUGCAUCGCAUUCUUAUGGAAGAUGAUGUAAAACCUUUUAGAGAUGCCCAAAGGAGAUUAAAUCCAAACAUGAAAGAAGUGGUUAAGAAAGAAGUUAUUAAGCUCUUAGAUGCCGGUAUCAUUUAUCCAAUCUCUGAUAGCAAAUGGGUGAGUCCAACUCAAGUAGUUCCCAAGAAAUCAGGGAUUAUGAUGGUUGAAAAUUUGAAAGGGGAAGCAAUUUCCAAGCGUACCUCCAAUUCGUGGCGUGUAUGCAUUGAUUACAGCAAAUUAAAUGCCGCCACUAGAAAAAAUCACUUCCCUUUGCCAUUUAUUGAUAAAAUUUUAGAGAGAUUGGCCGGGAAACAAUAUUAUUGCUUUCUUGAUGGCUAUUCGGGCUUUAGACCAAGAGAAAACCACAUUUACUUGUCCUUUUGGAACAUUUACUUAUAAACAGAUGCCAUUUGGUUUGUGCAAUGGCCCUGCCACAUUCCAAAGGUGUAUGAUGUCAAUUUUUUUGGACAUGGUGGAAGAGUAUCUAGAGGUCUUUAUGGGUGAUUUUUCUAUUUUUGGGUCUUCAUUUGAUGCAUGCCUCAAAAAUCUAAAUUUAGUGCUUAAAAGAUGUCGUGAAAUAAACCUUGUUCUUAGUUGUGAAAAGAGCCACUUCAUGGUUCAAGAAGGUAUUAUUUUGGGUCAUGUCAUCUCGAAAAGGGGAAUUGAGGUUGAUAAAGCAAAAGUUGAGCUCAUUUCUGAAUUACCUCCACCUUCUAUGGUGCGAGAAGUUUGCUCAUUUUUAGGUCAUGUUGGCUUCUAUCGCCGUUUCAUCAAGGACUUUAGCAAAAUUGCUAGACCUUUGUGCAAUCUUCUUGCCAAGGAAACUCCAUUUGUCUUUGAUCAAGCAUACCUUGAUGCUUUUCAUAAACUACGUGACUUAUUGUCAUCUGCUCCUAUUAUGCAACCUCCUAGUUGGUCAUUACCAUUUGAAAUCAUGUGUGAUGCCUCUGGUUAUGCCAUGGGAGCAGUUUUGGGGCAAAGGAUAGGAAAACUUCCAUGUGUCGUAUACUAUGUAAGCAAGACCCUCUUGGGAGCUCAAUAGAAUUACUCUACUACCGAGAAGGAAUUACGUGCCGUAGUGUAUGCCUUUGAUAAAUUUUGGUCCUAUCUCUUAGGGUCAAAAGUCAUUGUCUAUUCCGCUUAUGCUGAUUUGAGGCACCUUUUGACUAAGAAGGAAACAAAGCCUCAUUUGAUAAGAUAGAUUUUGCUUCUUCAAGAAUUUGAUUUUGAAAUUAAAGAUAAGAAAGACACCAAAAAUGUGGUUGCCGAUCAUCUCUCAAGGUUGGUAGUAGAAUCUUCCCCGAGCCCACUAAUUCAUGAUUCAUUUCCGGAUAAACAACUCUUCCAAGUUUCUAAUGGAUAAAUGCCCUGGUUUGCCGACAUCGUGAAUUUUCUUGCAAUAAGCAAGCUUCCGACCAAUUGGUCAAAGCAAGCAAAGAAGCUUUCUUUGCUAACAUCCGGAAUUACUAUUGGGAAGAUCCUAUCUUGUUUUGAUAUUGUCCAGAUCAAAUUGUGAGAAGGUGCAUUCCGGAGAGUGAAAUUCCAAGUGUGCUUGUGUUUUGCCAUACCCUUACAUGCGGUGGGCAUUUUAGUGCAAAGAAGACUGCUUUGAAAGUGCUUCAAAGUGGGCUAUUUUGGCCUACCAUCCAUAAAGAUGCCUACAAUUUUGGCAAGGAAUGUGAGAGAUACCAAAAAAUGGGAUCAAUGUCGAGAAGAGACAUGAUGCCCUUGACAAAUAUUGUUGUUGUUAAAAUCUUUGAUAUUUGGGGCAUUAAUUUUAUGGGUUCUUUUCCUAUGUCUUAUGGAUUUCAAUACAUUUUGCUUGCCAUUGAUUAUGUUUCUAAGAGAGUGGAGGCUUGUGCUACCAAAACCAAUGACCACUUCGUGGUUGUUCAAUUCAUUAAACCCAACAUAUUCACUCGUUUUGGUAUGCCAAGAGCCAUGAUUAGUGAUGGAGGAAAGCAUUUUUGCAAUCAAUUCUUAAGGCAAUUAUUUCGUAAGUACUCCGUUACUCAUAAAGUCGCCACUCCUUACCAUCCUCAAACAAGUGGGCAAGUAUAAGUUUCAAACCGAGAAAUUAAACAUAUUCUUGAGAAAACGGUUAACAUUACCCGGAAGGAUUGGUCACGUAAGUUAAAUAAUGCUUUGUAGGUAUAUCAUACGGCAUGUAAGACUCCCAUCGGUAUGUCUCCUUAUAGACUUGUUUAUGGAAAGCCUUGCCAUCUUCCGAUUGAGCUAGAACACAAAGCUAUAUGGGCAAUUAGAAAGCUUAAUCUUGACCUUAACAAAGCCGGAGAGAAUCGGUUACUCCAAUUGAAUGAGUUGGAAGAGUUGAGACACAAUGCCUAUGAUAAUGCCAAACUCUACAAAGAGAGAACCAAAACUUUUCAUGACAAACACAUUGUGAAGAAAUCUUUUAAACCUGGUCAAAAAGCUUGGCUUUUGAACUCUAGAUUAAAACUCUUUCCCAAAAAGUUGCGAACCAAAUGGGAAGGCCCUUAUGAAAUCAUUUCUGUUGCGCCCCAUGGGGCGGUUGAAAUUCAAAGUUUAAAGAAUGGUAACACAUUCAAGGUGAAUGGGCAAAGAUUGAAACCCUACAUUGAGGGACAAGUUUUUCAAAGACAUAUGGAAACUUCCCUUUUGGUAGAUCCAAUCUAUGAAGAGAUAUAGUGAUGCACUCAAUGUUCUCAAGAACGUCCAAUUUCCUACAUAUUCUUGCAUGUUCGAUUGAUCUCAAAGGAAGUUCGAUCAAUCGAACAGUCAUCUUUGCGUCCAAUCUCCUCUCUGUUCCAUCGUGCGGAAUAUUCCUGCAUAUUUUAGCUCCCUGUGUAUCGUGCAAACUUCAUUCUAGAUUGAUCUGGAAUUCUCAGAUCGAUCCAGUUUUUCCUUGGAUCGAUCUUAGUUCUGUACUUAGAAAAUUUUUUGAAGCUUUGAAAUAUCACCUCUCUGUGCAUCGAUCGAACAUGUCUGCAGGUUUUCACCAGUUGGAUCGAUCAAGAUUUGAUCGAUCUAUGCUUGAUCGAUCAGGUUGUUUUUACAAAAAAAAAAAAAAAAAAAAAAAAAAAAAAAUUCAAAGCAGUAUUCCGUCUUGCUAGAAACGUUAAACUUAGCACCCAUACGACACAUUGUAUCUUUUAUCUCUUGUAUCAUACAUGUUUAUUUUCAUUUUUAUUUCUUUAUUUCUUUUUCCAUUUUGUUUCAUUGUACAUACUUUCAUAAAAAGAAAAAUAUAAAAAAUUUUCCUAUUAUGCCCUUAUGUGUACUCAUGCUACUUUCUUAUUUUCUAUUGGGCUUAAUCUCAUAUCUCUUUCAUCUUGUGCUAUAUUACUUUCAAUUGCAUGCCUUGGUUAUUCUUAAACCAUUCGAUAUUUGAUGUGAGUUUGCUAGUGUGGUCAUUCAAGUAGGUUGUUGAUUCCAAGUUUGGGGGAGACGUCUUUCGAAUUGGAUCACUACCGGGCUUCAUGUCUAUCUACCACAGUAUACUCUUUCCAUCUUUUCCAUUGUUCUCAUUACACAUUGAGGAUAAUGUGUAGCUUAAGUUUGGGGGUGCUUAUCCCCAAAAUAAGUUAAUUCAGCCAAAUUAGAGCAUAAAAGAAGUAAUCUCAAGCUAAGUGGAAAAAUGGAGCAAAGUGGUGGAAAUCAGCAAACUUCGAUCGAUCAGGAAUACUUUUGAUCGAUCUCACAUUGAUCGAUCCCUCAUCACCGAGAUGGAUCAAACCCCUUGUCCUUUUCCUCAAGAAUUCCCAUCUUCGAUCGAUCAAACUUUCUUCAGAUUGAUCGAACUUCUUUGAUCUUAUCCCAACCUACCACUUUUGUCUUUUGCCCAAAAUAUCCCAAAAAUAUCUCAGAAUUGUCUUAUUCCAAAAAGUUGUUGCUAAGGAUUGAUCGAUCUGGCCUUACUUCGAUGGAUCUGGUCGGAGUUCGAUCGAUCUCAUUUGAAUUUGAUCGAUCAAACCUCCUCAAGUUUGAAAUAAAACAGAGUCCAGCUCAUUAAAAGAUAGCUUGUGGUGUAAUCAUUGAAGGGACCCUAGUGCACGAGACUUGACCAUUCGGUGUGACACUUGAGCUACCUAUAUAAGGAUUUUGGGCCAUUUUUACAUCAUAACUUAGAUAUCUCAAUAUAUCUCAUAUCACAUAUCUUGGAGAGGAGGCUAGAGCUUAGAGAGACAUACACUAUUUGGGAGUUCUUCCAUUCUUCUAGGGUUUCCAUCAAGAAGAAGAUCAUUCCUACCAUGAAGAUGGCCCUUGAGGGUUGGAUGACUACAUCAAUGAGUGGCUAAACAUCUUCUUGGGGCUAGAGUUAGCCCUAAGCAUGCCUUCUAGACCUUGAUGUUUUAUAUUUUGAUGGGAUUUGUGUUGUAAUCUUAUCUUGACAUUUGAUUUAUAUAUGAAUCUUGU